AUGCGGGUUCCAGCUUCGGAUCACGGUCAAGGGAAAGCCGUUUCUUCCUUCACACUUCUACUAUGGAUGGCAAGUAUUGUGAUUUUGAUUUCCUUUUUGACGUACAUUGGCAAAGAUUUUCACAUCGGAAUAGUAAACGACGAGCUCCUGGGCACAAACGUUCUCAACAGCAACUUUGAUGAUCACGAGCGAAUUCUUAUCGUCGGACACAACAAUUUGCCGGUGAACGUAGCCAAGUUAGAAAAUAAUAAUUUGCGCGAAUUCGACCUCCAUUGGGAUUUGCAGCGCCAUUCGGUGUGGGGAAAUAAAAACACCAGCCGCACGGAUCUAAUUCGGCUUCGGGAGGGUAAAGUUAAUGGGCAAGUAUGGUUUGUGGAAGCCAAUUGCACACAAAUGCCAAUGGAAGCCGUGCAGCACGUGUUCGAACAAAUAGACACCCUGAAGCGACUCAUCGAUAAGCACUCGAAGGAUCUUGCACUCGUCACGGGUUCGGUGGAGCUGACGAACGCAAUCGAGCAAGGAAAGAUUGCUUCUCUAGUGGCUGUGAAAGGAGGUCACUCUAUAAACUCCAAGCUUGGGUUGCUGCGGUCACUUUACGCCCUCGGCGUACGGAGCAUGUCGUUGGCGUCGGAGGAAAACUGUUGCAGCUGGGCCGAUGCAUCGAUCGUGGAUGAUAUGGACAACGGAAUCGCCAAUCUGCGUCGGGAUCUUUCGAUCUGGGGUCGGUUAGUGGUAUGGGAAAUGAAUCGUUUGGGCAUGAUGGUUGACCUUUCGUACGCAAGUUACGGUGUAGCACUGGACGUGCUUAGAUACAGCCGUGCACCGGUGAUCUUCAGCAAUGCGGGAGCUUACACGAUCAACAGGCAUCAUAUGAAUGUUAAAGAAGACGUUUUAACUCAACUUGCUUCAAGAAGAGGGAUUCUAAUGCUCACGUUUGAUCCAGUAAUAUUGGGUGGAUUUACAAUCGAUAAUAUCCUCGAACAUCUUAACUAUCUAAGGGAAACAAUCGGUACGGAUCAUAUCGGAAUCGGAAGUGGAUUUGAAGGAUUCGAUAACAUUCUUUACGGACUGGAAGAUGUAUCAAAGUUUCCAACAUUAUUCGCCGCACUUGCCGAAGGACACUACUCCGAUGGGGAAACGUUUCCUCCGUGGUCAGUGGAAGAUAUGCGAAAGUUGGCUGGAUUGAACUUUUUAAGACUGUUGCAUCGAGUAGAGCAAGUCAAGGAGGAACUCUCAUAUGAACAACCGUUCGAGGACGAAGGAAUGGAAGACAUUUUCGAUUAA